GCGGGGAGAGCUGCACGCUGGCAUCCAACACUUUCUUCUCUCCUCCACUUUCCUUCCCUUGUGGUCCGGUCUCGAAGGCCUCUUUCCUUCCUUCCGUGCAAGCAGCUAGUCUGUCUCUGUUGUUCCUUCUGCAGCAAGUACACAGCUAGCCUGUCCCCUCGGUCUACUCCUUCACUCUCUUGCUCCACUCGUCGUUCACCCAGUCCGUAUCAUUGCCCAAGAUGGUCAGACUCGCAUCCGUUUUCACGCUCGCUGUUGCCGGCCUGGUUGCUGCCGCGCCUAUCCGCCUGUCCAAGCGCGCCGCAUUCGCGCUCCAGGACUACGCUGCGUUCCAGAUCUCUGACGGCACCGCCGGCAACGCGCAAGCCGAGGCCAACGCGGUCUUCGUCGACCCCUUCAAUGGGGUUGACCUUGCCACCGUCGACGCGACCACGCUCAAGGCCGUCCAGACCAUGCGCGAGGCCGCUGAGGACGCGGAGACCUCCCAGUUUAACCCCGCGAUUGAGGCUGCCUCCGGUGCCGCCGCCACCGCGCUCCAGAACGGGAAGAUCAAGAACAAGGUCUUGAAGCUCACUGGCGAGGUCCAGGGCAUCAACAUCCAGAUCGCCCAGGCGAAGGCUGCGGGCAAGGACACCACCAAGCUCACUGCGUCGCUUGCCGCUGAGCAGAAGAAGCUGACCACGAACAUCGGUCUUGACACCAAGGCGGCUGGCCAGGCUUCCCAGGGCGUUACCGGUGGCGCGGCCGCCGCGUCCACCAACGAGGAUGCCACUGAUGCCUCGUCUUCCGCUGCUGCCUCCUCCACCAAGAAGGCCGCCGCUUCCGCCACGAAGACCGCCGCCGCUGCCUCCAGCACUGCUGCCGCUGCUGCUAGCGGCUCUGGUGUCGCUUUCGCUGUUCAGGACUACGCCGACUUCCAGAUCUCCGACGGCACGACCGGCAACGCCGCGGCUGAGGCCAACGCUGUCUUCGUUGACCCCUUCGCCGGUGUUGACCUCGCCACGCUCGACGACAGCGUCGCGGACAACAUCGAGACGAUGCGUCAGGCUGCCGAGUCCGCUGAGACCGACGACUUCAACCCCGCCAUCGCGGCUGCGUCGGGCGAUGCUGCCACGGCCCUCCAGAACGGCAAGAUCAAGAACAAGGUGCUCAAGCUCACCGCCGAGGUCCAAGGCCUGCAGAUUAAGCUCGCCAAGGCCCAGGCUGCUGGCUCCGACACCUCGUCCAUCGAGAGCAAGAUCGCUGCGGAGCAGAAGAAGCUCACCACGAACAUCGCGACCGACACCAAGAACGCCGGCGAGGCCUCCCAGGGCGUCGCCUAAGCGUUCUCCGCAUGUUCAUCCGAGCUUCCUGGUUGUGUUUCCCGCACACCCCACUGCUGCAUUAGAACACUUUGUACCGUUCCUAGCGCACUUUUUCCCUUUUUGCCAAUCCAACUGGAUACGGAGAG